GAUUCAAGGGCAGCAGGGCUGGGUAGGGUCUGGCCCGAGUGCGCAGUGGAUGCAGAGGAAGCGAGAAAAACACAGGCGUCUGUUUUCGUAAUGGGUAUAUCAUUAAACUACCAGUGGCACUCUUUUAUGGAUGCAUGCUUUAUCUUCACUCCAUGCCCCCCUGCGGUCUGUAAUGACGGUCUAAUUGGGCCAAUAAGGAGCUUUUACUGUUUUGCAGCAUCUCUAGCGUAGACAAAUUGUUGCGCCAGAUGCAACGCCGUUCUCGGUACUGUGUGGUCGGCCCUUGACUGUCAUCUUUGGGUGCAGGUUUCUCAUCACCUUAAUCAUCAGUACUUCUGCAGGGAAACACCAUGCUGACUAGCAUCACUGAAGGGAUACUGUGCUGCCUGACUGGGAAGACUGCCAAUCUAGUCUUGCCCCUGGAGUCAUCAGAACCCUCUGAUGGUUUUGAGUAUGUGGAGGUGAAACCUGGGAGAGUCCUGAGAGUGCGGCAUAUCGUCCCCGAGCGCCAACCCAUAGAAACAGAAAAACAAGUUGCUGAAAAGGACAAUGCAGAUGUUGACUGUUAUGAUAAAGAUUCUCCCAUAUCUAAUAAUGACGGCGAUAGUGGCAGCAUUGUCCACUGCAAGAGGAAGAUCACAGUCUACCGAAAUGGCCAGCUGGUGAUCGAAAAUCUCGGGGAUGUUUUGCACUCUGAGAUUCUGCAGUGUCAGGAUGGGGAUUUAGAGCCCUGCAGCACUGUAGAGGUGGAGCUUGCUGACUACAAAGAAAUAGCCUCUUCUCCAGACCCCAACCCUGUUCCUCCUCCAGUUCCUCCACCACCUGGGGAACAUAAACCUGCUCCGCCUCCGCGGCGCCGCCGUCGCAAACCCAAGCGCACAGUUUUAAUAGACUCCAAGAGGAUGAUCUCGAGCUGCAAAGGAACGCACUCGGAUGUAGCACUGUUCUUCGUGCAUGGCGUCGGAGGAUCUCUUGACAUCUGGAGCAGCCAGCUGGACUUCUUCUCCCGCCUGGGCUACGAGGUCAUUGCGCCGGAUUUGGCAGGUCACGGAGCAAGCACAGCGCCACAGAUUGCAGCAGCUUAUACCUUUUAUGCCCUCGCGGAGGACCUGCGAGCCAUCUUCAAGAGAUAUGCUCGUAAACGCAACAUUCUUAUUGGCCACUCAUAUGGAGUGUCAUUUUGUACCUUCCUGGCCCACGAAUAUCCCGAUCUGGUCCAUAAGGUAGUAAUGAUCAACGGAGGGGGUCCCACAGCCCUGGAGCCCAGCCUCUGCUCCAUCUUCCAACUGCCAUCUUGUGUCCUUCACUGUCUGUCACCUUGUCUGGCCUGGAGCUUCCUCAAAGCUGGAUUUGCCCGUCAGGGUGCCAAAGAAAAGCAGCUUUUGAAGCAGGGCAAUGCCUUCAAUGUGUCUCCAUUCGUUUUGCGAGCCAUGAUGAGCGGUCAGUACUGGCCUGAGGGGGACGAGGUAUACCAUGCCGAGCUCACUGUGCCCAUUCUUCUGGUUCAUGGCAUGUGUGACAAGUUUGUGCCCAUGGAUGAGGACCAGCGGAUGGCAGAGAUCCUCCUGUUCGCUUUCUUAAAAGUAAUCGAAGAGGGAAGUCACAUGGUCAUGAUGGAGUGUCCUGAAACUGUCAACACCCUCCUGCAUGAGUUCUUUCUAUGGGAGCCUGACAUGUCAAGAAAAGGCAGCAGCAAGACAGACACAGAGAAGGCGAUCGCUGCCAGUGACACUCUUCACACGCUGAAAAACAGUAAACCUGUGAACAAAUAACCAUCAAGGCAUUAAGUUUUAUUAAAGAGCAAAGAAGAAGGCCUAUUUUUCGGCAGUUGGCAUGUACUCCUAAGGCUCCCAGGCUGAGAGCUGUUUAAAACAGGGUCACAUCUUAUGGAUGUAGAUGACCACUGGUGCUCCGAGAUGAAGCGGGAAAGGACGUAUGAUGAGAGGGGCGGACGCCGAUACACAGUCAGUUUCUGCUACGCUUUUUGAUACCAGUUUGUCCUCCAUCUCACCAUGUUUGCAAACCAACACAAAGUCUGGAGGUAAAAGGCACCAUCCGACUAUGAUUUGUGUAUGAAAUGUUUGUGGUGAAGAACUGACCGACGAGGCAUAAAAGGCGUGAAACGCUGUUGGAAUCGUCUCGCCUCCAUCAUAUAUAUUCUGUAAAGUACUGCAGAAAAGAGCUCCUGUUCUACCUUAACAAAAUGGCUAAUUUAUCCAUUUUAACUCUGCUUUCAGUGGAAGAGAAGAAAAAAAAAACAUCAAACAUAGUAAACCGAGGAAUCAGGGAGGGUGAAGAGCAAUUUAUAACAGAAUAAUUGUGUUUGAUUAAAUGCAGACAGUGGGGAAAUAGAUUAAAUGCAUUAAAUAUACUACACUGUCCAUGUAAAAUGUGGAUAAUAACUGUGUCACAUGCUUACAUAAAUGACAAUAUGAUUGAAGGAGAAACACACACAUACAAAAAAAAUUUGUACCAUAUUGUUUUGGAACCACAUUCACACAAUAUGCAGUGUACAGCAUCUCAGACACACACAAUCUGACUGAUUAACAAAUGACAGAAGCAAGUUACUUUCCUUGCACUAAACUCAAAAUCAAAAAUGCUAUGCGUCAGUAUUAAAGUGUAACGAUUUCAUAGUUAAUAUUAAAACAUAAAUCAAACAUCAAAGCCAAGAGAUUCUCUUCCAGAUUAACAGCCAUUGCCUCGAUACCAUACAUAUAUACAUAUAUAUAUAUAUAUUAUCCUAAGGAUAAAAAGUACUGAGAGCCUGCAUGAGUUCAGAGUAUGGAAAGAUAUAUACACAAGGGUUGUUUCAGACAGUUGCAAUAUAUUGCCAUAAAUUCCCAGCACAAUUGUCUUUAAUGAAAUGGUUCCUCUCAGUGUGUAAGUAUUAUUAUUGUUUAUUUAUUUCUGUUUUUAUCCUGGCGUAACAGCAACAAACUGAAAAAUGUUGUCUUAAACUGAUAACUGAUCGCAAAACACGUGUGCGUUACCUAACCCUGCUGCUCCCCGUCCACCCUAUACCGUAUAUCUACUCAUGUCGGACUGAAGGAAUGAGCAGGACAUGCUGCUCGCUGUUAGACAUUCAUUCGUGAAUGUUGCUAUGUCUCAUAGUGGGACAGUAAAGUGUGAAUAAAAGCACAGUCUGAUUCUCCUUGACAGUGCUUAUCUGUUGACUGGAUAGAUUACUGUUAUGUGUAACAGAGGAUGUAAGUCAGAGGAAGCCCAAAUAUGAAUCUGCCAAAGGUGAAAAAUCCCCCUUAAGAAAAAAAAACAACAAAAAAAGAGGGACUUUUGUGCUCUUCAUGCUGGUCUGUUAUAUAUGCAUUUUAAGAGAGAGUGCAGAUGCGAGAUGACUGGAUUUAUGCAACAGGAACAAAUGAACAGAAAUAGUUUGGGAAUAAAUGGACCCGGCUCUAAAACAUUAUAUAUUCUCUAUGGACUUUAUAAAAACCAACAAGUGCUGCUGAUGCAAAGUACUGUAUGUCUCUUUUGGUGUAAAAGGUCAGUAAAACUGUAUGGACUACAGGGUGCACAUGUACUUCUCCUUAUGCUAAAAGUGUGCAUAUAUAAAUUGUCAGUGCCCAUAUGUGCUAUAUCUUUUUGUGGUUAACAAAAUAUGUUAAUGUUAUUGUGGCAUUUAUUCAAGGGAAUCAUAUUAUAUGCACUGCCUGAAUGUAGAUGCAUAUAACAUUAUAUAGCCUAUUAAAACAGUCGAAUUCAGUGUAUGAAUGUGCCUUUCCUGGCAUGAAAUAAAUCAGAUGUUCCCAGUUAAAAGGUGUUUGUUUU